CUUCAGCUAGCUAGACUUGUUUAAUAAACCAGUAUUUCCGUCAUUGCACACAAUUACGCCAGACGCUCAUAUGCAGAGGCUGGUGUGUAGGAAUAUUCAUUUAUAUUUAUGGUUAAUAGCUAAACUGUGUCAUAUUCUUCAAGAAAGGAUUGAAUUGGCAGACUGGAGAGUGACAGUGAAGGCCUUCUGUCAGGUGGACACAUUUAGCAGCAAGCACCAUGGAUUCCAGGAAACCAAGACUUCCACCACGCAGACCAACUCUUAUUCAUGGAGGACCUCCAAAACGAUAUCGUCUACAUACAGAGAGAAAAGUGCUUGAAGAUCAUGGAAAAGUCAGAAAAUGGACUUAUGGGAUAAAAGACACCAGUAAACUAAAGAAAAUUGUGCUGUUGGUGGGAGAGACCGGCGCUGGCAAGACGACUCUCAUCAACACCAUGGUCAACUACUUACUAGAGGUGAAGUUUGAGGAUGAACUAUGGUAUGAAAUCACAGAAGAAGCAGCCAGAGACCAAUCAGAAUCACAAACAUCUGAAAUCACCAUGUAUGAGGUCUGUCCUGUAAAGAAUCCUAUAUCUCUCACCAUCAUCGAUACUCCAGGAUACGGAGACACUAGAGGAUUGGAAAAAGAUCUGGAAGUUGCUGAGAAUUUAUCUAUGCUGUUUCAGAACAAUGAUGGAGUUCGUGAGAUUGAUGCUGUGUGUUUUGUGACUCAAGCAUCUAAGAAUCGUCUCUCAGACAGACAGCAUUACAUUAUCAGUUCAAUUCUGUCUCUGUUUGGAAAAGAUAUUGUGAAAAAUAUUGUGUUUUUAAUCACACACUCUGAUGGUCUGCCACCCAAAAACGUCCUCGGCGCCAUUAAAAAAGCUAAAAUCCCCUGCAGACGAGACCACAGUGGCCAACCUGUUCAUUUCUUAUUCAACAACCGGCAGGCUGACGCCCGUCACACUAAAGAACGUCAUAUUCGUGCUCAAAGAGACGCCUGGGAAGACAGCAUGGAUGGCAUGAAGGACUUCCUUCAGUCUCUGGAUGAAAAGAACAGAAGAAGUUUAGAGUUGACUUCAAAUGUCCUGAUAGAGCGCAUUCAAUUUGAAGCGUCCAUUUGCAACUUACAGCUGCGAGUUCAAGAGAAAGAGCUGAAAAAGGCUGAAAAACUUCAGAUCCAGCAGGCAAUAAUGCAAAACAAGGAUAAGAUUGAGGAGUGUAAAAACUUCAACAUUCACGUAAAAAAAACUGUCAAAAUGAAGGUUCCCAUUCAAAGUGCUUCAUGGAAGAGCAGGAAGGCGACGACCUGCACCGUCUGUGAGGAAAACUGCCAUGAGUUUGACUGCUGGUGGGUUUCUGAUCCCAGCAAAUGUGAAGUCAUGAAAAAAGGCUACUGCACUGUGUGUACAGGGAAGUGUCAUCACAGCAAACACGUCAAAGAAAACAAGAAAUAUGUCAUGAGCACCUCAAGCUUCAUGAUGGAAUUUGACUCUAUAAAAAAGCAAUAUGAAAAAGCUCAAGAACAAACCAAGACAUAUUUGGUUUUAAUGAAACAUCUCGACAAAGAUCUGAAGGAGAUUGAGGACCAAAAGUCAAUUCUUCUGUAUGAAGCUUACCAGAACAUCAAGCAUCUGUCUCAGAUCGCAUUAAAGCCAGACUCGGCCUUCACUCUUCAGCAUCUGGACUUCUUCAUCCCCAGAGUGAGGGAGGCUGGGAAAGAAGACUGGACCCGAGAGCUGGAGGAAAUGAGGAGAAAAGCUGUAGCUGAAGAAGCAAAUAAAGAUGCUCUGAGUUAUCUGAGAGCUGGUCUGGCAAAACUUUUCCUUGGUGACAAUCAAUAAGCGGAUGAUUUCUGUAGUAAUGUUGUUCUACAACAUUUGUAUAUACCAUGGGUUGACUUUUAUUACAACUAACACUCUUAAACUGUAUUGUUUUUGUAAUACGAAUGUUACAUUAAAGAUGUCCCUG